AUGCUGCCUAUAGGUUCAAUCACCGGAUUUUUACUCACCUGUCUCGGUGCCUACAUUGUCAACUAUUUUUACUACAGCAAAGAAGAAGAUGGGCUUUUUGGAAAUUCCAUGUUGCCGCAACAGAAUUAUGGCUUCAAGUUGAAGCCUUUGCAAGUGUCGUCUGUCUUGAUGCAAGGCGGAGGCAGCGGCAUGGCUUCUUCUACAGCCAGCUCCAGGCCAUCCAUCUCAACUGCCGGAUCAUCAACCCUAUCCCCUUCCAGUGACUUGAACAACUUCACAGAAGAGGAAGAGUUGUUUGAUUUAAAUGUUCCCUCAGGUGAAUCGGAGUACUACCAUUUCAAGCCUUUGCAUGGUGAAACAGACGAGGAGAUCAUCAACCGAUGGUGGAAGAAAAUGCCAGUUAUUUUGCUCUGUUCUGCUUGGAUCGUUCUUAAUAUAUUGUAUGCUUUCAAACAACCAGUUUACAAAACCAAAAACAUCAUUGCUUGGAUAUUCCAUGUGCCCGUGCAUUUUAUUGUACCACCGAUGGUUGGUACAUGGCUUUACUUGUGGCACGCCCCUGGAGCGUUGAGGCUCUACACUUUUUGCUUGGGUUUACAAAACUUUGUAUUACUAGCAACCUACUUGAUGUUUCCUAAUGCGCCGCCAACAUUCAUCAAGCUAUACGGCGAUAACAAGGUCCCCACAUUUGACAUGAUUUACAGUGAUGGGCAAGCAUCGCAAGAUAAGAAAUUUUCAAUUUUUUUCCAUAAGGCAGUGUAUUAUGCUACUCCGCUCAAAUUUGCCUCAUUUCCAUCAUUGCAUUCCGCCUUUGCAUGUUUGAUUUGCUUUUUUGCAUGUCAUUAUUCGAAAUGGUCCAGUUUUAAGUUCUUAGGUGUUGUUAAUGUGCUUGGACAGUGGUGGGCAGAUUUAUACUUUGACCAUCAUUGGAGAGUCGAUAACCUAGGGGGUUUGAUUUAUGCCAUUCUAACAUGGACUUUGUUGAAAAAUUGGCAUCGUGGUUUGGCUGAUGUAGACGCAAAAUUCAACCGAGCAAGAUUACAAGGAGAUUUUGUCAAUGGCAGCACUGCUGGUAUGCGACUAUUUCGCAAUACAAAGUUUCAAAAUCACUUCGAUCCUCUAGCUUAA